AUGAGAACUGUGUGUGUUUGGUUAUGUGUGGUGAUCGGGAUGGGCAGCCCCGACACGGCGGCAGCGGCAGCUGCAGCGGGACACACACUCAACGACUCACUUCUGGGACAGAGAAUAUUUUCUUACACGGAGCAUUUCCUUAACGUUUCGGGGCAGUUGGAUAACCGGACUUCUGGAUUUUUCCUCCUGGACUUUGACGAGGGGAUGCUGGAGGACUGGCGGUCUUUGGCCAGUAAGAAGCGCGGCGGCGGGGAGUCGCAGGACGGCAGAGUCAAGGCGCUGCUGGUGGCCGCCUACUCUCUGAUCAUUGUGAUCUCCCUGUUCGGGAACACUCUGGUUUGCCAUGUGGUGGUUAAAAACAAACGCACCCUGUCCGCCACCAGCUUGUUUAUUAUGAACCUCGCUGUGGCUGAUAUCUUCAUCACUGUCCUCAAUACGCCUUUCACCCUGGUCCGGUUCGUGAACAGCACUUGGGUGUUUGGGAGGACAAUGUGUCACAUCAGUCGCUUUGUACAGUACUGCUCUCUGCACGUCUCCACUCUCACACUCACCGCAAUCGCACUGGACCGUCGGCAGGUGAUUUUGCACCCUUUGAGACCUCGCAUGUCCCCGACACAAGGCGGUUUCUGGGUCGCUGUUAUCUGGAUAAUGGCCAGCUGCUUCUCCCUGCCUCAUGCAAUCUACCAAAAACUCCUGACUUUUACGUACAGUAAGGAAAACGAGCGCAGCCUGUGUGUCCCAGACUUCCCAGAGCCAUCAGAUGUCUACUGGCAGUAUAUUGACCUCCUGACCUUCAUAUUACUUUACAUGCUGCCACUCCUCAUCAUCUCCGCCUCCUACACCACAGUGGCCUGCCGACUGUGGCGCCAAAAUGCCAUCGGUGACACCACAACAGCUCAGCAUGCCGCCCACAGAAGAAAGCGGCGGCGAACGUUGGCCAUGUUGCUCCUGGUGGUCGGGGUGUUUGCUGUCUGCUGGUUCCCACUUAACUGCUACGUGGUGCUGCUGUCCAGCCAGGCUAUCCACUCCUCUAACGCCCUGUACUUCUGCUUUCACUGGCUGGCUAUGAGCUCCACCUGCUACAACCCUUUCAUCUACUGUUGUCUGAACCCCACCUUCCGUCAGGAGCUGAGGCUUCUCUUCGACAUGUGCAGGAGGAAACGGAGGGCGGUGGUCGGGAUGGAGCCAGAGCUCCGCCCUGUAGCUGCUCCUUGUCACAGAACUGCUUGGCCUGACAACGACGAGUCCUCGAGGCCAAGGCAUGCUAUGGGCCAUGCCUCCUCACAGCAGAGUCAGGCUUUGUCCAGUCAGUCUCACAACCUCAAAGAUACACACGUGCUCUUCAUCGCCAGGCAGGUCCUCACAGGAAGAACUGACAUCCUCUCAGUGGAGCCCAUCGUGGCUGUAAACUGACUGGAAAUAACUGCCACAAUGUGAUGGGAUUAUGGUGUUAAAGAUUCCUCAGCACGUAAAAAAUUAGCGGGUGUUCAAGAGUAUGCCCAG